AUGACUGUCGAGCCGAUCCAGGUCUUGAUGCUCGAUAACUAUGAUAGUUUUACGUGGAACUUAUACCAAUACCUGAGCUUGCUUGGUGCUAAUGUCACGGUGGUCAGAUCUCAAUCUUGUACACUGGAAGAAUUGAUAGAACAACAUCCAUUGACAACUCAUCUGGUCAUCUCACCCGGUCCUGGUCAUCCUACUACCGAUUCUGGAAUCUCGAUGCCUGCUAUUUUACAUUAUGCUGGAAAAUUACCUAUUCUUGGGAUUUGUAUGGGAUUACAAUGUAUUUAUACUGCCUUUGGUGGUGUAGUAGAUAGUGUUGGUACAAUCGUUCAUGGUAAAACUAGUAAAGUCUUUCAUGAUCAAAAAGGACUGUUCAAGUCGGUCUCACAAGGAAUCGAAUCUACUCGAUAUCACUCUCUCGCUGGUCAACUUGGUACUCUUCCAGAUGAUUUGGAGGUCACAGCUUGGUCAAAUCCUAACGCACCCGAUGAAUCUCAAUUACAUCCCUCAAGCUCAAUUAUCAUGGCUAUACGGCACAAGACGUUCACUAUUGAAGCCGUUCAGUAUCAUCCGGAAAGCAUUCUGUCUGAAGAGGGCAAGCUCUUGCUUGACAAUUUCCUAAAGCUCAAUGGUGGAUUGUGGGCGGACAACUCUCAGUCUGAUGUGUUGAAAUCACAAGCAUCUUCCUCGCCCACCAACGCAACUCCAUCAUCUUCAUCCUCUCUUCCUACGAUACUUCAAUCCAUCUGUCGUCAACGGUUGCUGGAUAUCAUCGAAGCUAAAAAGACGCCUGGCUCUAGUCCAAAUGAUCUCAAACAAAAGAUUAAACUGCACGUCGCACCCACUCAAUUAGAUUUUUAUCGUCGGCUAAAACAAACGACGGCUCAUUCGACCCAAUCUGGCACCCAAUCUUCUCAUGUUGCACUUAUGGCUGAGAUCAAACGCGCAUCUCCCUCCAAAGGUUCAUUUGUGACUCCAACCACACCUACUCCGCCCGAGAUCGCUCUUUCAUAUGCUAUUGCUGGUGCCUCAACAAUUUCAGUACUCACCGAGCCAACCUGGUUUAAGGGUACACUAAUGGACAUGCUAUCCGUCCGACUCGCUCUUGAACAUAUGCCUAAUCGGCCUGCAAUUCUUCGCAAAGAUUUCAUUCUUGACACUUAUCAAAUUGAUGAAGCACGAUGUUAUGGAGCCGAUACCGUUCUUUUGAUUGUGGCAUGUCUUAGUGAAGAAAAACUUAAAUUGCUAUUUGAUUAUUCCAAAUCACUAGGAAUGGAACCUUUAGUUGAAGUCAACAACGCAGAAGAACUCAAAGUAGCAUUAAAGAUUGGUUCACGAGUGAUUGGGGUCAAUAACCGAAACCUGCAUGACUUCAAUGUAGACAUGUCUACCACCUCUCGGAUGGUUCAAGCCAUUUCUGAACACGAUUCCAAUUUUACAAACCCAUCUUCCUCUACUUCCGGAGUCAUCAUGUGCGCUCUUAGUGGUAUCUCCUCCAGAGCUGAUGUGGAACGAUAUGUACAGGAAGGUGUUGGGGCGGUUCUCGUUGGCGAGUCUCUUAUGAAAGCCAAUGAUAAAUGCAUGUUUGUACGAGAGCUUCUCGGCACUACCCCUCAACCAUCUUUGAUCCAAACUCCUCGACCAUGUAACCCAUUAGUGAAGAUUUGCGGUAUCAAAACACCUGAGAUGGCACUUUCGACUGCUCAAGCUGGUGCAGAUCUCAUCGGGUUGAUCUUUGUCCCCAAAAGUCGUCGAUACGUCACACCUGCUCAGGCUACCUCAAUUAUUCAGCAUGUCCGAUCAUCUCUCUCGCAGGCUUCUUCACUGACCGACCACGCCGAGUCCAAUCCUACUCAGCCAUCAUCUCUACCAACUGACUGGUUUGAACUUCAAUCUUCCCAAAUUCAAUCCUCACCAACUCAUCGAAAACCAAUGUUUGUAGGCGUGUUUCAAGAUACCCCAUUAUCAGAGAUCUUGAGCAUCAUUGAACAAGUACCAAUAGAUUAUGUUCAACUUCAUGGUCAUGAACCAAUUCAAUUAUCAAAUUUCAUUCCAAUACCAGUCAUCAAAACCUUUCAUGUCCGACUUGAUACAACUAUUGAAUUUUCUAAUUAUAUCGAUCUCUUUAGACCGGGUUAUCAUUCUUUACCUUUACUUGAUAGUCAAACUUCAAAUCAAACUGGUGGUACAGGUGAAGUGUUUGAAUGGGAUUUACUUGAAACUAUUAUACCUAAUAACAAAUCAAAUGAAAAUCAAUUAAGACCGUUUGUUUUGGCUGGUGGAUUGAAUUUAGAAAAUGUUAAAGAAGCAAUUAAGAAAGUUAAACCUUUGAUUGUUGAUGUUAGUGGUGGAGUAGAGAAUGAGAAAGGAGAAAAAGAUUUAAAGAAAGUGAAAGAGUUUAUCUUAGAAGUUAAGAAUUCAUUGGUGGUUUGA